GGCGUCGUCGCCUGCAGUUGCUGUUGGAACAUUGAUGUUGAUCUCUAGAUUACGAUGGACAGUUGCUGUCGUGUCUGUGCUCAGGAUUCGAAGCAGGAUCUUAUUCCUAUCAGCUAUGAAACAGAAAGCGUAACUAUAGAGAAGAUGAUUACAUUUUGUGCCGGAGUCGAGAUUGACCAGACUGAUUUGCUUCCCAAAAAUUGCUGCGAACGGUGUGUUGAAGGUUUAUACAUUGCAUACUCUAUCAUUAAACAAUGUCAAAAAUCUGACAAAAAAUUACGACAAAUUGUGAGCUCGCAAGACAACAUCGCCAAAAACGAAUCUUGCGCUAAGGAUACAGAUAAUGAAGAAGACCGCGAUAGCACCAGCGAUGAUAUAGAAGAUGAUAUUCCAGUGGAACCAUGCGAAGAAACACGGGUUACAGCUAUCCAAUCUCCCGUACUAUCUACAACCUGUUGCGCCUGUAGGGCGGAUUUCGAAACUGUUGAAGCAUUAACAGACCAUAUAAAAAAAAUUCAUGAACCGGAAAAAACCAACGACUGCACCAAAAAGCCGUACCAAUGCGAUAUAUGCUUCAAGAGGUACUUUAAAAAGACAUCCCUCAAUCGUCACAAGCGGAUGGCGAUAUCGGCAGUCGGUGUGCGAGUGCCAGAGCAGAAAACUCCAACCGAUCACCGCUGUUGUGGCUGUCGAAAGGACUUCGACAGCUUGGAUCGGCUGAAACAACAUUCACUAGCGGAUCACACAGCCAGUAGAGUAACUAGCGACGAAGCGAAACCUUACGAGUGUGAGAUAUGCUUCAAACGGUACUCCAAUAAAACAUCCCUGGCUAGACAUUUCCGAGAAAGGUUUCUGGAUCGGCAAAUACGUACAAUUCGGAGACUUGCUACGAAUCAAUGCUGCGGAUGUCGACAAAAAUUCAUUACUAAAGAUCAACUCAUGCGCCAUUCGAAGCAAGUUCAUGAACCAGACCGUUUAAGUAAAGGUUCUAAGCAGUUUGAAUGCGGAAUCUGUUUCAACAGUUACUCGAGUAAGGAGGCAUUCGAAAGGCAUAAAUUAGGCAACACUAUUGACCAGUUGUACCAAUGCCAACAGUGUAGCAAAACUUUCGUCAAACGAAUUAUGCUUCGCUAUCACGAGCAAAAAUAUCAUAACGGUGUAGUUCAGGACGUAAUCGGACCCUACCAGUGUACACGAUGUGGGAAAACUUUUAUGCAGCACAGUUCGUUAACGAAUCACGAAAAGGUACACGACCAAAGCGAGCGAUUCGAAUGUUCCAUAUGCCAGAAGCAUUUUUUCAGUAAAGGAAACCUGCAAACUCACAUGAAAUUGCACGCUAGUCCAUCGGAACAGCGGGAUGCUAGGUACGAGUGUGAGAUUUGUCUGGCACGCUUCAAGACUCCAAAUUAUUUGGAAGUACAUGCAAGGGUACACACUGGCGAGAAACCAUACGAAUGCAAAUACUGCUCCAAGCGGUUUGCUCAUGCUUCCGGCCACAAACGGCACCUGCUAACGCAUAGUGGCGUCAAACCGUACUCGUGCCAUUUCUGCAACCGUGAGUUCUCCAAUCGGACAAACAUGUUGAUUCACGAAAAGGGUCACGGUACGGAACGGACUGCCAAAUGUGAUAUUUGUGAAAAAGACUUUGUCCACGUUCGCUAUCUGCGGAAACAUCGGAAGCGUCAUUUUAGUUGAGCUCUUCUAAACUGGACGUGAAAUAAAAGGCUGAACCUUUCUGUAUCACAAGUUAAA